AUGUCUUGGUCCUCUUGGCUCUUCACUCUGUGGCCCUCUUCAGCCCUGUCCCUGCUCCUUGUGGGGCUUGUGGGCAGACAGCUGGGGCUCAGGGUGGGACUACAGAUGGUUCAGACACUGACUUGUUCUCGGUGGGGUACACCAAAUAACCAGGGUCUGUUCCAGGAUGGGAAUGUAGUUAUUGGUGGGCUCUUUAAUCUUCAUUACCAAACUCCAGCAAUAGACCAUGACUUCACUAAGCUGCCACACUACAAAUCUUGCACUGGUUUAGAACAUCUUCCAUUACAGUAUAUAUAUGCUAUGGUGUUUGCGUUGGAGGAAAUCAAUCAAAACCCAACCCUGCUACCAGGUAUUAGCCUCGGCUACCAUAUUCGUGAUAGCUGUGCCCUACACCCUUGGGCUACACAGGCAGCACUGUCACUAGUUGGUGGAGACAGCACCAGCUGUAAUUCAGCAGCCCCUCCAGAAAUCAGAGAGAGGAGAGGUGAUCGGCCUGUUCCUUUGAUCAUUGGUGGUGCCUCAUCCAUAACAGCUCAAAUACUCUCCAGAGCCCUGGGGCCACUCUCUAUGAGCUACCAGUCUAGCUGCCCCUGUCUAAGUGACAGGCGACAAUUUCCUAACUUCUUCAGGACCAUCCCCAGUGACAUUUACCAAGCCCGUGCCAUGGCACAGCUUGCUGUACGUUUCAACUGGACCUGGAUUGGAGCAGUAAUAGCAAACAAUGAUUAUGGCCAUGUGGCAAUAAAGGUUUUUCAGGAGGAGACUCAGGGAGCAGGGGUUUGUCUGGCAUUUAUAGAGACUCUGCAAAGGGAAAACAUUGUGAGUGAUGCCAGGCGAGCAGCACUCACAAUUCAGGCCUCAACUGCAAGGGUGAUUCUGAUCUUUAGCUGGUACACAGACGUGAGGGAACUCUUUCUGCAAUUGGCCAAAAUAAAUGUGACUGACAGACAGUUUCUGGCCAGUGAAGCUUGGAGCACUAGUGGUGAUCUUCUCCAGAAUCUUGCCACCUCUAAAGUGGCAAAUGGUGUUCUUGGUGUGGCCAUUCGAAGUUCAGCUAUACCAGGAUUUGGAAAUUAUCUCAGAAGUUUGAACCCAUCUCGCCGUCCUGACGAUGAGUUCUUAAGAGAGUUCUGGGAAAAGGAAUUUCUGUGCAGUCCUGGGGCUUUACAUGUCUCUUCAUCUCCAUCUCGUGCGAAUGGUUUGCUUCAAAAGGCUUCUUUACCACUCUGCAGCGGACUGGAGUCCCUAGAGAUGGUGCAUAAUCUAUUUACUGACAUCUCCCAGCUAAGGGUGACAUAUAAUGUCUACCUUGCCGUUUAUGCUGCAGCCCAUGCUCUCCACAGCCUUCUCUCAUGCCCCAACACAGACAACCCUCUUAGAAACAACAGUUCCACCUGCUCCUUUCCCAAACAUAUCAAACCAAUUGAGCUGCUGCAGCACUUGGAAAACGUAAACUUCACCACUCCACAAGGGGAAAUGUUUUAUUUCCAAGGGGCUGACAUUCCAGCAAAAUAUGACCUUGUCAACUGGCAGACUACUCCUGAGGGGCUACUCAAACUAGUUUUGAUUGGUCGUGUGGAUGGGUUUAAUCUACACUUUAACCAAUCAGUUAUUCAGUGGAGCACAGGAUCUAGUCAGGUGCCCACUUCCGUAUGCAGUGAGAGCUGUCCCCCCGGUACCCGAAUGGCCAACAGGAAAGGGGAACCUGUCUGCUGCUUUGACUGUAUCCUGUGCGCUGAAGGGGAGAUAAGCAAUAAAUCAGCUUCCCCCCACUGUGAGCGUUGUCCCCCUGAGUUCUGGUCCAAUGCUAACCGAACUGCCUGCAUCCCUCGCCAGCUGGACUUUCUUUCCUUUAAUGAGACAUUGGGCAUUACUCUCACGACAGUAGCUGUGUCUGGUACCAUGGUGACAACAGCUGUAUUUGCGGUUUUUCUUUACUAUCGUCAAACACCUGUGGUUCGAGCCAACAAUUCAGAACUGAGCUUCCUGCUUCUUCUGUCGCUGAAACUCUGCUUCCUGUGCUCACUGGUGUUCAUUGGUCGUCCUUCAUUCUGGUCUUGUCGGUUCCAGCAAGCAGCAUUUGGGAUCAGUUUUGUACUUAGUGUUUCUUGCCUCCAAGUUAAGACCAUAGUGGUUCUGGCAGCUUUCCGCUCAGCUCGGCCUGGUGCCGAAGCCUUGAUGAAGUGGUUUGGUCCAGGCCAACAGAGAGGAAGUGUCUGCCUCUUUACCUCUGUACAGGUCAGGAUUUUCAUCUGUAUCAUUUGGCUAUCCCUCAGUCCCCCAGUGCCUCAACCGAACUUGGCAGUCCCAGGGUUAAAGGUCACCCUGGAGUGUGCCAUGAUCUCUGUGGUGGGUUUCUCUCUGGUUCUGGGUUACAUUGGGCUGCUUGCCUGCACCUGCCUCAUCUUGGCCUUUCUUGCAAGAAAGCUCCCCGAUAACUUCAAUGAGGCUAAACUGAUCACUUUCAGCAUGCUGAUCUUCUGUGCUGUCUGGGUAGCAUUUGUCCCUGCUUACGUUAGUUCCCCUGGGAAAUAUGCAGUUGCUGUGGAGAUUUUUGCAAUUCUGGCCUCUAGCUAUGGUUUACUGUUCUGUAUUUUUGCUCCAAAGUGUUUCAUCAUUCUUUUGAGGCCUGAGAAAAAUACUAAAAGACACUUGAUGGCCAGGUAG